AUGUCUCUAACAUUCAACCAGCCAACUGCUCUCCUGUUAAUCGACAACCAAAAAGGCUUUGAUGCUGAUCCCAACACCCCAUGCCACUGGGGUAGGCAACGCUCUAACCCAACCUUCAAGAACAACCUCAAUGCGCUCAUAACAGCAUUCCGUGCCGCCAAGUCCAGAAUUUCCGGAGACGAACUUCAAAUAAUACAUAUCUUUCAUAGCUCCGUAUCCCCAACUUCUGCCUUGCAUCCCACUGCAGACAGCGGAGCUGCUAUCCAACCGUUGGACAUUGCCCAACCAGCUCUCGACGGCUCUGAACCCAUCAUGUGGAAGCACGUUAAUUCUGCGUUCAUCGGAACGAGGCUGGAACAGAAUCUUCGGGACCACGGGGUUAGACAGCUGAUUAUAGCGGGCCUUACGACGGAUCACUGCGUUUCGACUUCGGUGCGGAUGGCGGCGAAUCUGGGCGUCGUGGAUCGGUAUCCUGAAGGCGAGCCGGUUCUUCGUGCCGAUGGGAGCCAGACCCGUGCGGUUCCUGUUGAUAAGGGCCGCAUUGUUCUUGUUGGGGAUGCGACUGCUACAUGGGCGAAAGGGGAGUUUGACGCUGAAACUGUCCACGCGGUUACCCUGGCGAGCUUGGAUGGGGAGUUUGCGGAUGUGAAAAGCACUACAGAGGUGAUUGAUGCUUUGCGGGUUCUAAAGUAG